AUGUACUCUACGCAGUCAUGGGGACGUCGAGCGCCGGAGGCGGAGCCUGAGCGCCGACCGAGGCGUCAAGAGAGGGGUAGCGCCGGCGUUCUGUCCAGUCUGGUCCAAUUCGAGUCCGACUCGGAGGACGAGGACACCUUCAUGCGCUGGGGCGGGACGGCACCAACGCACGCGCCGCGGGAGGAGACAUCACUGUCCCGCAUCAAGACGACGCAGGGCAUCGAGGGGCAAUGGACGAUCACGGACGCAGACGCAGACCGCGCAGGACGCCGCAUGAUCUACUCAUCGAUCACGCCGCACGUGUACAUGCUCAGCACUGAGGCGGGGGACGACGAGCAGACGCUCCUGGACUUCCACGACCGGACGCGGCGGUACGGUUUCGAGUCCUUCGGGCUGUGGUCCAUCCGCUUCUCAGCCGAUGGGAAGGAGAUCGUCGCCGGCGCGUCCCGCGGUAACAUCAUGGUGUACGACGUCGAGAGCGACAGGCGCAGUCUCUGCGUGCAGGGGCAUCGGGACGACGUGAACGCGGUGUGUUUCGCGGACGAGUCAUCCACCAACAUCCUCGUCUCGGGGAGCGAUGACGGAUACGUCAAGAUCUGGGACCGGCGGAGUCUCAACUCUUCCCAGACCCCCAGCGGCGUGCUCGUUGGCGCAACUGAGGGCAUUACCUAUACGGCGCCAAAGGGCGAUGGGCGGUACGUGCUUGCCAACUCGAAGGACCAGGCGUGCCGGCUGUACGACCUGCGGAAGAUGCGGUCCUGGGGCGAAUUCGCAGACGAGCCGGACGCGGUCCAGGAGUACGGGAAGCCAGGGUACGACUACCGGCACGGCGGGUACCAGUCGCCUGAAUACGCUGCGCAUCCGAGGGACUGCAGCGUCAUGACGUACCGCGGCCACAGCGUUGAGCGUACGCUGAUCCGGUGCCACUUCUCUCCCGCCGCUACCACGGGCCAGAGCUACGUCUUCAGCGGCAGCAGCGAUGGGCGUAUCCACAUCUGGUCCCUGGACGGACGUGUCGUGCAUGUCCUCGACCGUGCUCUCUCCCAACCGCUUCGGCACCAGGGAGCGGAGCGGUACACCGACCCGUCGGCGCCCGAACCGCCCCCGGCAUCAAGAGUGGAGGAUCCGUACUACGACACGCGCCAGCGAGUCGUCCGCGACGUCGCGUGGCAUAGCCAGGAACCAACCCUCAUGUCGACGUGUUGGGACAUGAAUGCGGGAUACCGGCGCGGGGGGUCUAUUGCCAAGCAUGAGUGGAAGGGGUUGGGGAAGAACGGGCUCGAGAGGCUCGAGGAUUGGGUCGAGAAGGAAGCCCUAGAGGCUAGUAUGUAG